UCGGCCGCCGUCAACGUCGACGGCGCGCUCCUCUCCGCAUUAUUACAAUAUAUACGUAUAGGCAGCAACUCGCUCGUUUCUCUCUCUCUUUCUCGUCGUAUGUAGAAUAAUAAAAUAAAGCACGCGCCCGCAUAUAUAAGCCCAGCAUGUAUACACAAAGAGACUACAGACUGACUGACUGACCGAGCUUUGCUCGUAGUCGUCUUCGUCGUCGUCGUUUGGCUUUGUACAGUAGUUGAUCGUCGCGUUUGUUUGUGUCUGCGCAAAGUGUAUCUCUCUCCUCGUUCAGGUGUGUCGUCGUCGUCGUCGUUCCCCCUUCCCUCCUCACCCCGCCUCCCUCUCAUCUCUCGACCGACCCCCUUUGUGUGCUUCGAAAUUUAAUGAUAAAUAACUGCUGCUACGAGCCUAGCUGUUCUGGGCCAGCGUCGAAGAUUUUCUCAGACUGACAACUGCUCUGGACUCAUCCUCGCUUCUGCAAGCGUAUACAGCAGCAGCAUCAGUAGUAGUAGUAGUGGUGCUGCAGGCUCCACAUGUGCGCGCUCCGACUCCGACUUAUCGGACGACGUUAGUUUGACUGUGUCUCCCUCGCUACUCGGUGUAUUAUUAUUUUAUUGUAUACAUUCGUGUGUCAGUGUGUACUACAUGUGAUGAUGAUGAUGAUGAUAGCAUAAGUAGGUGCACUAUACCGUCUCUGUACAUGCCUACCGAAGAGAACACGAGAAGCGAGUAGCGCGCGCCCGAACAUCUACGCUGCUAACCUCUUUCACCUCCUAUCUAUGCAUCCGCGCCUCCAGCCCGACGAGUAGCUACAACUGCUACUACUACUGCUACUGGCACUACUACUACUCGUCUUCGAUCUGUGUGCGUCGACGUCGACGCGAGGCUCUUUUUCUUCGGGCGCUUUUCGCUCUCUUCCGCGCGCUCACUCAUUAGCGACUGCUAUCGCGUGUGUACUGUGCGUAUACUCUGUGCCGAGUCGCUGCUAUAUACUACCUGCUGUACGCACACACACACACACAUUUACAGACUCAACAAACGCGCCUACCUGUGUGUACCGUCUAUAGCUGCAGCCACUGCAAAACAAAGCAGAAGCAAAAGCAGCAGCAGCAGUCGCUGUUCGUGUAGAUAUUAUUAUAUCCGUGCGCGCUGCUGAGCGGCGACGGCGGCGGUGGCGGCGGAGGGGUUGCGCCUCUCUGGCCGAAGCCGAAGCGAGGAAGGGGUGGCGGACUUUACUACUACUGCGCUGCCGCCUCUGUUAUCCCCCGUUAUAGCAUAGUGCUAUCCGUGUCUGUGCGCCAGUGUGAGUGCUGGUGCGACGGUGGUGGUAUGCGCGCAGCACGUGCAUCACCAGCAGCAGCUAUUCAGCUGGCCCUCGGGAGGUCACCUGCGGCCGCCACCGACGGCACCGACAGCCGAAUCAUCAGCGGCAACAGAAGCAGCAGCCUCUGCUCGUCUCGGCCGAUCCUAUUCGCCGAUAGUCGCCGCGCGGCCGUUGUUGCUCGCGUUCGAAUUAUCGCAACGUUCUAAUACCUACCUACUUGUCACCGUUCAAACUAACGCUAACGAGAUAAUUGCGGCGAGCGGUAUGUAAGCGCAAGUUUAUACGCCGCGCCAGUGUCAAGGAGGCCGUGCAGUUUUAUUACUACUACUAGCACCAGCAACGAUGAUGUGUUAGUUAACCGUCGUUCGGUUUACACAGUGCAGUUUGAGUUUUCCUUCGUUGCGUCGUUAUAUAUAAUUGUAAAAGUCAAGAUCGAACGCUGACCCUGAACUCUCUGGACGUGCGUGCCCGUGUGUGUGAUAUAGAUAUAUAUAUUUGUAUGUGUAUUUGUGUGGUGCACCCGCGUGCUCGUGUGGAUUAUCGUCAAAACUCGAGCAACGAGAUCGACGUUGUUGAGCAGCGGCGCGAGUGGUCGCAAUUUCGAAACCUCGACUCUCACUCGCGGUGUGGUGAUAUGGGCGAGCCAGCCUCCUCGUGGACAGAUGCAGUCGUCGUCGCCACCGCCGUCGCAUCGGCACGCGACCAGCAGCUGGACUAGGAGGAGUCGCAUCGGCACGCGACCAGCAGCUGGACUAGGAGGAGCAUCAUCGGCAGCCGGUAGCAGGCCUCGACGGGGAUGACCCGACGACUGCUUCUUAGCGCACUGCUGCAUCAUCAGCCUCCGCUUCGUUGUCCGUCGUGUCGUCGUUCUCGUUCUUGUUUCUGUUCUUGUCGUCGUCGACGCCGUCGUAAUCUACGAAUCGCUGAUGCUAUUUAUAUCAGCCACAACAUUAUCCACGACUCUACCAGAAAAAAUCUCCGACACCGAGUACAGGAGGAGGUGCUGCUGCAGGCAGCGGAGGAGGAGGCGGCGGAGGUAGCAGCAGGACUGGCUGGCGCUCACGCAGAAGCGUCACGACGGCCGGUGCCACCGGACAUCAGCACCACGUGAUCGCCAGCGCCGCGGCCACGGCACAGGCGAGAAUGCAGGCCGAGCAGGGCAGCAUCGGCGAGCUCAGGGGUUAUCACAACCUCCGAUCCCGGCGCCACACCCUCGCUAACGUUCGCUUCGACGUCGAGAAUGGCGCCUCGACGCUGGACGGUGCCGGAGGCGGCGGUGGAGGCACGUCACCCAGCACCGGCGGCCUCGUACUGCAGACCCUGCCCCAGCGCAGGGAGAGCUUCCUCUAUAGGAGCGACAGCGACUUCGAGAUGUCGCCGAAAUCCAUGUCACGCAACAGCUCCAUCGCCAGCGAGAGGUUAAAAGAGACCGAGCCACCAGUCGAACGAGCCCAUGGCGAAGACCUCAUCGUCACGCCUUUCGCGCAGAUACUUGCGUCACUGCGCUCCGUUAGAAACAACUUCUUGUCCCUCACUAAUGUACCGACGAACAAAUCGCGCCGGAGCAGCGGCGCCCAAGGCAGCAGUACGCCACAGCCACGGAUCCUUGCCCCCGGAGAGGAGCCCUACAUGAAGCUCGCAGUCGACACAAUGGAGGAACUUGAUUGGUGUCUCGAUCAAUUGGAAACUAUUCAAACUCAUCGAUCCGUGUCAGACAUGGCUUCGUUGAAGUUCAAGAGAAUGCUGAACAAAGAACUGUCGCAUUUCUCCGAGUCCUCCAAGUCCGGAAAUCAGAUUUCCGAGUACAUCUGCAGCACCUUCCUCGACAAACAGCAGGAGCUGGAUCUACCGUCGCUGCGUUCUGACGAUGCGCUACCCGGCAGCAUGGACGCUCGGGCGGCCAAAAAGAAGGACCGCGAGAAGAGGGGACCGGCGGCCAUGUCGCACAUAAGCGGCGUCAAGCGGCCGCUCACGCACACCAACAGCUUCACCGGCGAGCGCGUGCCGCUCUACGGCGUCGAGACGCCCCACGAGGAGGAGCUCGGAAAGCUCCUCAGCGAUAUCGACAAAUGGGGCAUCGACAUCUUUAGGAUAGCUGAACUGAGCAAUAACAGGCCGCUCACCUGCGUGGCCUACACGGCCUUCCAAAGCAGGGACCUGCUCAAGAUCAUGAUGAUACCGCCGAAGACCUUCGUCACCUUCCUCAUGACCCUCGAGGAUCACUACGUCAAAGAUAAUCCGUUCCACAAUAGCAUUCACGCGGCGGACGUCACUCAAUCGACGCACACCUUACUCAACACUCCCGCGCUCGAGUCUGUGUUCACGGCAUUAGAGAUAACGGCUGCCCUCUUUGCCGCAACUAUUCACGAUGUCGAUCAUCCCGGUCUCACCAAUCAGUUUCUCAUCAAUUCGAGUUCCGAGCUGGCAUUGAUGUACAACGACGAGUCCGUACUGGAGAAUCAUCAUCUGGCAGUCGCGUUCAAGCUGCUGCAAAACGAGGGCUGCGACAUAUUCGCUAAUUGCUCGAAGAAGCAGCGCCAGACCCUGCGCAAGAUGGUCAUCGACAUGGUGCUGUCGACCGACAUGUCCAAGCACAUGUCCCUGCUGGCCGACCUGAAGACUAUGGUGGAGACGAAAAAGGUCGCCGGCUCCGGUGUGCUACUGCUCGACAAUUACACCGACAGAAUACAGGUCUUGGAAAAUUUGGUACACUGCGCCGAUCUGUCGAACCCGACGAAGCCUCUGCCGCUAUAUCGGCGCUGGGUCGACCUGCUCAUGGAGGAGUUCUUCCAACAAGGCGACAAGGAGCGCGAGCUCAACAUGGACAUCAGCCCGAUGUGCGACCGACACAACGCCACCAUCGAGAAGUCCCAGGUGGGCUUCAUCGACUACAUCGUCCAUCCGCUCUGGGAGACCUGGGCCGAUCUCGUGCACCCGGACGCUCAGGCGAUACUCGACACGCUGGAGGAGAACCGCGACUGGUAUCAGUCCAUGAUACCGCCCUCGCCGCCGCCCGAUCUAUGUCCCGAGAAGCAAGAGAGGCAGCACUUCCAGAUGACGCUGGAAGAAGGCGAAGAGGGUGCAAGUCCGGAAAAAGUUCAGAGCUUUUCGCAGGAGCAGGGUGACGAUGUCGAAGAGUCAAGCAGCGCCGACGCCGGAAUGUGACGGAAGUUCACCGGCUUCUGCAGAAAAAUUUAUGAACGCGUCCAGCAGACGUUCUGGCGCGUACGCCAAUGAUCGAUGCUGAGCAUAUAUACAUAUAUUUUAAUCGAUAAAAAAACAAAAAGAAAGCGAAGCCCGUCGUGCUCUCGCUCAUAUUCGCUCUUUACAAGUGAAUCGGUUCACAAAGACACACAUUCUCAUACACUCUCUGUCAGUCUGUCUGACUGUCUGUCUCUACCUCUAUUUCUCUCUAUCUAGCUCCUCUCAUAUCUCUUACUCUGCGAUUCUCUCUUUUAUUUCUCUUUCUCUCCGUUAUCCGAUUCUUUCUACAAGUACACGAUCGCUCAUGAAAUACGAAUAACGCAAAAAGGAAUGAAAAAAAAAAAUUACAAAAAAUCAUAUAAAACUUUUAAAGAAAGGGGGAGAGAUGGACGGACGGACAGACGCUAUGACUAGUCAGAGCCAGAGAAGAGAAGAUCUGAUGAUGCAGAAUAACUUGAUAAAUACAAUACAAAACUUAUGUACCGACGGAUUCGUAUAAAAAAAUGAUGACGAUCGUAGAAAUUAUAAAUAUAUAAAUAUAUAUACAAUUACACAUCCACAAAGACUGCAGCUGUUGUACGCCCACACAUUCAUUACAUCUAUAAAUAAUUAUUAAAAAAAAAUGUAAUACUCUCGUGCUUACAUUACAGUUUGACCGAGCUUAACAAAAACAAAAAAAAUUUCAUUGAUGACGCUUAGAGAACAAAAAAAGCAUACAUGGCAAAAUUAUAUUAUAAUAUACACAAAAUCCGAUCAAUCGUCCUUAAAAAUACGUAUUAGCAUAGGAGAGAAGACGACCGGAGGAUAAAGGGAGAUCAAAAAAAAGAAAAAAGCGUACGAUACGUAUAUUAUUACGAUAUAUAUACACGUAAAUCUAACAUUAAUAUUAUACAUCGCAUGCGAAGCCAAACUAUACAAGAGUGGGAAUCCUCUUGAAUUUUAUUUCUUAUUACGUAUAAAUAUAAUAAGUAAAGAAAUCGUUGCUCUCGGCUGGACCGAGACGCAACGCCCGACGGAACUUGUGCGCGUGUUACUAUUAUACAUAUAAUUGCCGAUUACAAAGUUGGUCGUUACGCAGAAAAAAACGUCGUUUAAGUAUAU